AUGAAGAACAAGAACAAAACCACCAAAUUCCCGGUCGCGCGGAUCAAGCGCAUCAUGCAGAAGGACGAAGAGGUCGGAAAGGUCGCGCAGGCCACGCCCAUAGUCAUCUGUGAGUCGCGUCUCAAGCGUACAGGACGCCUUAUUGAAGGGCUGCUCAUCCUUGCACCCCGAUCAGCGAAAGCACUCGAACUCUUCCUCGCCAUGAUCAUCGAGGAGGCGAGCAAGGUCACUGCGGAGCGGGGGUCGAAGAGAGUAGAGGCGUAUCAUCUAAAGCACGCCGUCGAGACUGUCGAUAUGCUCGACUUCCUCAAGGAGAUCGUCGAGGGCGUCCCCGACCCCUCUGCUGGCGGGACCGUUGACCUCGACGUCGACGUGACCGAGUCCGGGAGGAAACGCCGCGGU